CUGAGCGACUGGUUCUAUUCACACUCGGGAUCAGCUGCUGCUGUUACGUCUUGGAGCGGGGACAUGUUGGUCGUUAAGUCUCAUUAAAAACAACAAAGAAAUAUCUACGUCUUUAGGAAUCAGCGGAAAUGUCCAACAACAUACUGAAGGAUUUCGAAGAGGACCCAUUCUUUUCGGAUCCAUUCCGUGCUCAUAGAGAGCACAUGAUGCAGAUGAUGCGCAGCUUCUCCGGACAAUUUGGUUUCCCCUUUGGCAGAAGCAUCACAGAUGGGAGAAACCAUGGCGACCGCGACAUGGUCGAACAACCAAGACCUUCUUUUGAUCAAAGAAAUGAGUGUCGGGAUGUUCAGACAGCAGAGCAAGGGGCAGAGCUGAACGGUGGAGAGGUGGCUGGAGCUUCAGGGCUCCAGGACAUGAUGCAGAACCAUUUCAGCAUGUUUGACAGCAUGAUGUCCAACAUGAGAAAAGGCAUGGAAGACUUUGACGUGUCUCCAAAUGCAGAUGGCCACUCAUUCAAGUCAUCAUCGGUAAUGUCAUAUUCAAAAGUUGGAGAUGAGCCUCCAAAGAUGUUCCAAGCAACGACGUCGACUCGCUGUGCCCCAGGAGGUAUAAAGGAGACACGCAAAGCUGUUAAAGACACCGACAGCGGUCUGCAGAAGAUGAAAAUUGGACACCAAAUCAAGGACAGAGAGCAUGUUGUUGAGAAGAGACAUAACAUGCAAACUGGAGAGGAAGAGAUUAAACAGGAUUUCAUGAAUAUGGAUGAAUCUGAAGCAGCCUCUUUUAAUAAUGAAUGGAAGCAGAAGGUAUCCGGGCUUCUGUCACCAGACCCCAUGCCUGGCCCAAUGCAACCUCAGCUUGAAGGUCCUGAGCAGCCCCGUAGAGGUCAUCGGAAGAGAAAGGCUGGACGUAAAGGCUCAGGCAACACCGACGAGUACGAAAAUUGAUGCCUCUGUCUUUACGUGUAAUUAAAGCCAAUUACACAUCUCGCA